CAGGAAUUAUGUAUUCUCUCAACGAUUUACCUUGGUAGAUUGCUAAAGGUUCUGGCCAAUAGAUGUUUUCGGAAAUUUCAAACAACAGUGUUUAUAGAAGAUUAGAAAAAGGGAUGCGUUCCGAUGCCUUUACUUAGAAUCUCUUCUCCUAUUUGUUGAACAGCAUCUUACGUCAGGAAACGAAAAUGGCUGCCCUCUUAGAGUUUUGUUAGUUUUGUAGUGACGAAGAUGAUAGUUUGUUAUCUGUUAUUCUCCUUCUCUUCGUCAAAAAUCUCUCGAAUGAUGCGGAAAUUUCUACUUGAUUUUUCUCCCUCGAUAAUAGCAUCCGUUUUUUAGGAUAUCGGAAUUAGUUGCGCACCUUUAAAACAGGUGGCGCUUCUAAAGGUGUAUGAUGUAAACACGUGUUUUCGAAGAGAAAGGAGUUUGGCAUUAAUGAUCGAAAUGAAAUUAAUUUUAUUGCCGCUUUUACGACGAUCUUUACAAUUAAGGACCUUAUACAAUGUGAAUAGAUAUUCAUCAACAUUAGAAGCUUUGAAACAAGUAACAAGUUUACAAGAAGGUCAAAAACUGUAUGGUUUCUCAGUACAAAAGAUAUGUGAAGUGCCAGAACUUCAUCUAGCAGCUAUACAACUACAGCAUGUGAAUACAGGAGCUAAAUAUCUACAUAUUGCAAGAGAUGAUAAAAAUAAUACUUUUAGCAUUGCUUUUACCACUAUGCCAAAAGAUAAUACUGGCAUCCCUCACAUUUUAGAACACUUAGUACUAUGUGGAUCACAUAGAUUUCCAUGUCGAGAUCCAUUCUUUAAGAUGCUGAAUAGAUCCUUAUCUACAUUUAUGAAUGCAUUUACAGGUAGUGAUUAUACAAUGUAUCCUUUCUCAACACAGAAUACAAAAGAUUUCAGAAAUCUUUUAGAAGUCUAUCUUGAUGCAGUUUUCUUUCCAAAAUUAGACAAGAAUGAUUUUAGACAAGAAGGAUGGCGAUUAGAACACGAAGACAUUAAAGAUAAAAAUUCACCAAUUGUAUUUAAAGGAGUUGUAUAUAAUGAAAUGAAAGGUGUUUUUUGUGAUUCCUGCCAAAUGUUUGCUCAAACUCUUCAAAAUAAACUUUUUCCAUCUCAUGCAUAUUCAUAUGUUAGUGGAGGCAUUCCGGAAGAUAUUCCCAGUCUUACAUGGGAAAUGUUGAAAGAAUUUCAUUCAACAUAUUAUCAUCCAAGUAAUGCUAGAAUUUUCACUUAUGGAAAUAUGCCAUUAGAGUCUCAUCUACAGUUAAUUGAUGAACUUGCUUUGUCAAAAUUUUCUAAGAUACCUAUUGAUGCAGAAUUUAAAAAUCAAUCAAAAUGGUCCAGUCCGGAGACACAUUAUAUUAGCUGUCAAGCUGAUCCUAUGGCACCUAAUCCUGACAAACAGACAACUGUUAGUGUUGCUUAUCUCUUAAAUGAUAUAAGAGACACUCGUGAAACAUUUACUCUUUCUAUACUCUCUAAUCUCUUAACGGAUGGACCAAAUUCACCUCUUUAUCAAGCAUUAAUUGAGUCUGGAAUGGGAUCUGAUUUCAGUCCUUCAACUGGAUAUGAUAAUCAUACAAAACAGAGUUAUUUUACUGUUGGUCUUCAAGGUAUUUCAAAAGAUGAUGUGGAGAAAGUUACAAACAUAAUAGAAAAAACAAUUGAUGAUGUGAUAAAUAAGGGAUUUUUACAGGAAAGAAUUGAAGGAAUUUUACAUUUUAUUGAACUAAGCACUAAACACCAGACAAGUAAUUUUGGAUUGCAAUUAACUAUGACAGUGAAUUCUACAUGGAAUCAUGGUGGAGAUCCUAUUGAAGCUUUAAAAGUCAAUGAACAUGUUGAAUGGUUUAAGCAACAGAUGAAAAAGAAUCCUAGAUUCUUGCAAGAUAAACUUAAAUAUUAUUUUAAGGAGAAUUCUCAUAGAUUAACAUUAAUUAUGAAUCCCAAAGAUGAUUAUGAAAAAGAAAAAUUAAGUAUAGAGAAAGAAUUGCUCCAGAAUAAAUUAAAAAAUCUACAAGAGUCUGAUAAGGAAAAUAUUUAUAGUGAUGGUUUGGAAUUAGCAAAGAAACAGUCUGAAGUUGAAGAUGUUUCGGUUUUACCAACAUUGCACAUUGAUGAAGUAGAAAAAACUUUUGAAGCAACACAUGUUGAAAGAAUUACUUUAAGAGAAACUCCAGUUCAGAUUUGUGAGCAGCCCACUAAUGGAAUAGUUUAUUUUUAUGCAGUUGCAAAUGCUGCACAGUUGUCUGAUAAUUUAAAGAUGUAUUUGCCUUUGUUCUGCAAUAUAAUUUCCAAGAUGGGUGCAGGAAAUAGAGAUUACAAGCAAUUUGAUCAGGAGAUAGAACUUAAGACAGGAGGUUUGAAUGCUGAUGUCCACAUUGCUGAAAGUCCUUUGGAUUUUGAAUCAUUUGAACAAGGUAUAUUGCUAUCUUCUUAUUGUCUGGAUCACAAUGUGCAACACAUGUUUAAUUUAUGGACAGAUAUAUUUAACAAAUUACAUUUGAAAGAUGAAGAAAGGCUUCAGCAGUUGAUUAAAAUUUAUGCUUCAGAUCUCAUUCAGAAUUUAGCAUCACAUGGUCAUCUGUAUGCUGUCAGACAGGCUGGCAGUUCUCUUUCAGAAUCUGGAAUGUUAAAAGAACAGAUGUCAGGUAUGAGCCAAAUGAAAUUCAUGAAAAAUUUGGCUGAACAGACAAAUUUUGAAUCGACCCUCCAAUGUCUUAGAGAAAUUGCUAAUGUAUUAUUACAAAGAAAUAAUCUAAGGUGUGCUAUUAAUACCACAUCAAAUAUGACAAUGGAAGCCACAAGACAGUUAGAAUUGUUCCUGUCAUCCAUUGACUAUGCUCCUCCUCAUAAUUCUAAUGAAGUAAAGAAAUUUUCUCCGGUUCAGAAGAACUCUCAUUUUAUCUUUCCAUUUUUUGUGAAUUAUUUUGGGAAAAGUUUUCUUUCUGUUCCAUUUUGUCAUAAAGACUAUGCAAGUCUACGUAUUGCUGCCAAUAUGUUAACAUUUAAAUUUUUACAUCGAGAAAUCAGAGAACGUGGUGGUGCUUAUGGAGGAGGGUGUUUCCAGUCUCCGGGUGGGACCUUUAAUUUUUUUUCCUACAGAGAUCCAAAUACUAAGAAAACUCUACAGGCAUUUCAAGAUUCUGUUCAUUGGUUACUGAAUGGUGACUUUUCAUCAGAAGAUAUUCAUGAAGCAAAAUUAAGGACUUUUGGAGAUGUGGAUAAACCAGUGCCUCCAGGCAGGAAAGGAUUGUAUUUAUUUCUCGACAGAUUAAGCGAUGAUAUCAGACAGAGGCACAGAGAUAAUUUAUUUGUGGUGAAUGGAGACAACCUACGUCAAGCAGUUUCUAAAUAUUUGUCUGCAGAUGGAUUGUGUUCAGUUUCCUUGAUUGGCCCAGAAAACGAAUUAACAAUGGGAAACUCCAACUGGACUAUAUAUAAAGAAUGAUGUGUAUAUUGUUAUUUUUGUACAUUUAGAUUAUAAUUUAAAUAAAUAUUCUUUUAACAUUGAAAA